CAGUAAGCCUAAGAUGGCAUCGCCUAGGACUGCGGUUGUUGGAAGUUUACAUUUUCACACGCGUUUGUUGAGUUCAGCUUCCACGCCGCAGAAAGUCAGGGAAUUACUAAAUGAAGGAAUUGUUGAAGACUACCUUACAGAAAAAGCUGAAAUUUUUCAUCUGUCCCAGAAACUGUCUGAAAUUGUCCAUCCUUUCAGAACAUAAGAUGAAUAUCAUAUCCAAGCUGGAAGUAACAUUGCAGACCUUACAAAGCAAACAUUCACUCACUGAUACAGCUGUAUCAUCUGACUUGACAAAUGAAGUGUUACCGAGUCAAUUUACAUGCGAGUCAGCAAGCAAAGAAGCCUUCUUUGCCAGAUUGGAGACUUUCACAUCUCUCAAGUGGGCUGGAAAACCACUGGAACUCUCCCCUCUUGAGUGUGCAAAGUAUGGCUGGAUCAACAUCGAGACGGAUAUGCUGAAGUGUUGUACAUGUGGUGCUUUCUUAUGUGCUACAUUGCAGCCAACCAUGGAUCUCACCAAGUAUAAUGAACGACAAGCAGAGCUGCUGAAUGCAUUGUCUGGGGCACAUGAAAAAUUUUGCUUCUGGCCGGAUAGUCCUAGUCCAGCUCGUUUCUGUAAUUUGCCUAUAGAAGACAAAUCAGCCAUUUUGACUGGGUAUCUAAACCGUUUUCAAGAACUCUGGUGUCUGGACAGACAGCUGCCAUCUCUGAAGUAUGAUGAUUUGAAGGACAUGCCUUUGACAGAAGAUUCAGUCAACUCGUUGUUGCUUCUUGUUGCCGAACACUUGAAACAGAGAGAGGAGGAUGAGAGACUUUCCGUAAAGCAAGGCCCCGAGAGCUUACCUGCCCAUGUUGUUGCCAUUGUACUUGCGGUUUGUGGGUGGAGUUCCAGCAUCUUGUAA